AUGCUGCCCACGACCGGCCCGCGGGGGCCCCUGUUUGGCCUCGCCGUCUCCGCCGGCUUCGUGCUGCUCUUCGUCUUUGGCUUCCUGGCCUGGCAGAGCCCGCCGCAGCUGCCGCAGCUGCCCAAGAGCACCACCCACGUCGAGAUGACCGUCACCAACGAAGGCACCGCCAAGCUCGGCAUCCACGAAAUCAUCCGCCAGCUCUACCAGCCGCUCAAGAUCGCCCCCGACGAGUCCAGCUUCUCCUUCAUUGGCGAGGACCUCAACCUGACCUCGCUCACCCUGCCGCGGGAUCCGCGCUACACGAAGCAGAUGGGCAAGGACGUCUUGAUCCUGGACCUGGAGACGCGCCCCCUCGAGUCGACCGAGGCCUUCAACCACGGCCUCUUUGACUGGCGCAAGCUCAACCACGUGUCGGGCGGCGUCUUCAGCCACUACAUCUACUCGCUGAUCCACGGCUACGACUACAAGUUCGUCCACGCGCACGAAUUCGAAGAUCGCCACGCCACCUGGAUCAAGCCCUCGGCACUCGCCCAGCACAUCAAGAACUACAAGUUUAUUGUUUUCCUCGACGCCGAUGCGACGUUUCGCUUCCAGCACCUCCCCCUCGAGUGGAUGUUCAACUACUGGCAGAUCAAGCCAGAACACAGUUUCACCAUGGCUCUCGAUCCCUGGGACCCCGAAGCGCCCCAGUACAACUCCGACCGCUUCAACCGCACCUACACCAACACCGGCUUCAUGGUCGUCCAGAACAACGCCCACACGAUGCAGAUCCUCAAAGACUGGCACGAGUGCCCCGACGACACGCGCUACAAGGGCUGCUCCGAGUGGAAGAUGCCCAAGUUUCACGAGCAGUCGGCGUUCGGCGAGUACAUCCGCUACGACUACGCAGACUACGUCAAGGAGCUGCAGUGUGCCGAGGCCAACGGCUUCCCGGGUGUCGAGGUCUCCAACUGUCAGGGCAAAUACGUGCGCCACUACUGGUUCGAGAAGCAAAAGAUCAAAGAGGAUCUUCAGCAGAAUAUGAUGAACGCCAUCACGCUUCCCAUACAACGCAUCUUCGCCGAGAACAUCGGCGGCAUCAUCACCGAGCAGAAGGAGAACGUGCUUCCCAAUUGA